GGCGAAGGUGCUCUAUCCCUCGCGGCGCCGCAGUAAAGGGCUCGCGCGCGAGUCCAGAGGCCGCAGCAGACACACAGCAGACCAUGGGCAACUCCUGUACGCGGAACAGCGAGUCACAAGUCGUCCUGAGCGACCACGGCGUCGUCCUGCAAAGACGCAACACACGCAACACCCGCGAACCGGAGCGGGGCCGCUGGUCUGCGCCUAACGUGGAGAGCGUGGACCUGGACACGCUGCUCGAAGCCCCGUCCCCCCCAGCCAGCAAAGCCGCGGAGAAGGCGGCGCGCCGUCGUCGCAAGAAACGGCAAUCUCUAUCCGAGCGCUUCCACGCGCCGCGCCGCUCCGCUCGGCCGCCGCGCCCGCCCUCUCUAGACGAGUCCAACCCGCUCAACCGCUCGCGCGUGCACCGCAGCCACACGGAGGCCGUGCGGAGGCCGCUGGGCACGCCCGAGGAGGAGCCCAUCUACCACUCGUACGAGGACCCCGGGUACCUGGCGGGGGACCCCAUCGAGCUGCAGCCCUUCGACGCCGACUGCAUCCUGGGCAGCCCCAUCAACUCGCCGUCGGUGAUCCACGCGCGCUGGGGCGAGCCCGUGGACGACCCGGACGAGGAGAACCUGUGCACAGACUUCCAGCCCAACCCGUUCAAGCUGGGCUUCUGCAUCAACUGCAUGAAGCAGCACGACGUCAAGGAGGACGGAGAGGUGGCCUCCAUGAAGGAGUACAAGCGCAUCGCGCGCCCCACCAUCGCCAAGACGGCGGCCAACGCGCUGGACAACCCGAGCGCCAUCCCCAUCCCGCGCAGCUCCAUCUCCAUGAUGUCCGAGGGCGGGCGCGAGAGCGACAUCGACCUCGCGCAGCUGCUCGCCCAGAGGAGAGACGUGCUCAUGAAGCUCAACCAGUUGGACCAGGAGAAGGCCAAGCUGCGGCAACUCAGCUCCGGCAGCCUCGGGCGCCGCACAGAUCGCCACACGACCAUCAACUUCGGAGACAACACGCGCAACAACCUGCGCCGCAUGAGCUCGCGGCCGCCCGGAUCGGGCCCCAUCGUCACGCGGGGCACGUCCAUGAGCCUGGCGCCGCAACCGGGCUCGGCGCACAACUUCGGCGCGUCCAAGAGCGUGAGCAUGGCCUCGCGGCUCUACGACGACGAGGAGCCCGCGCAGAAUGUGUGGCUAUAG